CCUAUUUCUCACAGUCACCUCUGACUCUUAAAAACUUCUGUCUGCCAGCACACAGCACCGGAGAAAACCAUUCUGUCAAAAAGACAGUGCUACAAGACACAAAGAAAGGAGGCAAUGGCAAAGAAGGUGGCAGUAAUUGGAGCUGGAGUCAGUGGCUUGAUCUCUCUCAAAUGCUGUGUGGAUGAGGGACUUGAGCCCACUUGCUUUGAGAGGACUGAAGAUAUCGGAGGGCUGUGGAGGUUCAAAGACAAUGUGGAAGAUGGCCGAGCGAGUAUCUACAAAUCUGUCAUCACCAACACCAGCAAAGAAAUGUCCUGUUUCAGUGACUUCCCAAUGCCUGAAGAUUUCCCAAACUUCCUGCCCAACUCCAAACUUCUGGAAUAUUUCAGAAUUUUUGCCAAAAAGUUUGAUCUUCUAAAAUAUAUUCAGUUCCAGACAAUCGUCCUUACUGUGAAAAAAUGCCCAGACUUCUCCUCAUCUGGCCGAUGGGAGGUUGUCACUCAGAGCAAUGGCAAGGAGCAAAGUGCUGUCUUCGAUGCAGUUAUGGUUUGCAGCGGUCACCACAUCCUACCUCACAUCCCACUGAAGUCAUUUCCAGGUAUUGAGCGGUUCAAAGGGCAGUAUUUCCAUAGCCGUCAAUAUAAGCACCCAGUUGGAUUUGAGGGAAAACGCAUCCUGGUGAUUGGAAUAGGAAACUCAGCUGCAGAUAUUGCCUCGGAGCUGAGUAAAAAUGCUGCUCAGGUUUUCAUCAGCACCAGAAGUGGGUCCUGGGUCAUGAGCCGAAUCUCUGAAGAUGGCUAUCCAUGGGACAUGGUGUUCCACACUAGGUUUAAGUCAAUGCUCCGAAACAUCCUGCCACGAACAGUUCUCAAAUGGAUGAUGGAACAACAGUUAAAUCGUUGGUUCAACCAUGCAAAUUAUAGUCUGGAGCCUAAAAACAAAUACCUUAUGAAAGAGCCUAUACUGAAUGAUGACCUUCCCAGUCGCAUACUCUAUGGAGCCAUCAAGGUGAAACCAAGAGUGACAGAGCUCACAGAAACAUCCGCCAUCUUUGAGGAUGGAACAGUGGAGGGGGACAUUGAUGUCAUUGUCUUUGCAACCGGCUAUACAUUCUCUUUUCCUUUCCUUGAGGAGCCAGUUUUCCAAUUAGAGCAGAAUAUGGUCUCACUGUAUAAAUACAUGUUCCCCCCUCGCCUGGAGAAGUCAACCCUUGCAUGCCUCGGUCUCAUCCAGCCCCUCGGCUCUAUUUUCCCAACUGUUGAGCUUCAGGCACGCUGGGCAACGAGAGUUUUCAAAGGCUUGUGCAGCUUACCUUCAGAGCAGACAAUGAUGGAGGACAUUAUCAAAAGGAAAGAAAAAAGAAUUGAAUUGUUUGGAGAAAGCCACAGCCAGGUACUGCAGACCAAUUACGUGGACUACCUGGAUGAGCUCGCCCUGGAGAUAGGGGCCAAGCCAGACCUCAUCUCUCUCUUGUUCAGAGAGCCUAAGCUGGCUGUGAAACUCUUUUUCGGACCCUGCAACUCCUAUCAGUACCGUCUGGCUGGGUCUGGGCAGUGGGAAGGAGCCAGACACGCCAUCCUCAGCCAGGAACAAAGGAUCCUGAAGCCGCUGAAGACUCGCUCUGUGAAGGCUGCUCCAACCUUCCCACCUUCUUUCCUGCUGAAAAUCCUGGGGCUGCUCGCCGUCUUUGUGGCCUUUUUUUUCCAUCUUCAUUGGUUCUAAUCCGUCAGCAUCACACCUCUAGCUUUAUCGUCCUGCCAGUUAGUACAGUUUCAGGAAAAGCAUAUGCAAAUAGAAAAUAUCACAGCUGUAAUCUAAAUUUUAGAGUUGGGAGGAGCAAGUAAGAGAAGGGAUCGUGGGGAAUUAGGAGAAUUCGGUCUUUGUUUAAAACCAGAAUUGUGAAAAAUGAAAUUUCUUUGCCCUUCUACUCUUUUCUCAAGUUCACGAGACCCCCAGAAGUACAAUAAAAUAACACACAGCCUGUAGAUAGUGUUCCAGCCUUGACAUGGUUUAAAUUAUGUGGAAAAUACAGAAUUUCACAGCAUGAAAAGUAGGCCCUGUAGUUUAAAUUACUGAAAAACUUAAAUUGGGGUAAAUAUUUAAAACUCUUGCACAACAUACUUGACGGUGUUCCUGCAGACUGUUUGGUAACAAAGUUCAGGCUACCAGGGGUGAGGAUAUGAAAAUAAAUGUAGAAAACAACACCUAUGUUGGUCUCACACAGAAAGCUAGCAAAUAACCACGUUUCUUGCUGCAAAAAUAAAACAAACAUGCCAUAAUAGCUAGCUGAAAACACACGUAUGUACACACACACAUAUAUAGCUUUUAUCAUAGACUAGACAGUGUGUUAUAUGUAUGUUAUAAAUAUUAUUCUAAUUCUCACAAUUCUGAGAUGGGUAUGGAUACUGUACCCAUUUUACAGAUGAUGAAACUGAGAUUCAAAGCAGUUGUGUAACAUGACCAAGAUCACACUUCUGGUCUUCAGAUGGAACUCAAACUGGAGCCUAGAUUUGUUGGACUCUAGAAAUGAGGGUCCUAACCCUCCCACAAUAUGCUUAUUUAUAAAAACCUCAUUGUUGAUAAAGUACUUAUUAAUAGUUUAUUUCAUUAAUUGUAAUAUCUACAUUCAUUCUGGAAGGCCUUUACAUAUAAAGCUGUAUGCUCCUUGCACAUGUGUUCUGCACAAUAUUAUUUGUGAUAUUUGGUUUAUAUUUCACCUAAAUAAAAAGAGUAUUUGAUGAAAUUUA